AUGACGCCUUACGUCCUUUUCGUCCUGGCCCUUUAUGCCGCCUCACUCUGGCAAGCAGCCAGUUUUUCACUCUUGGGCUGCCCCUCCGAUCCCAGUGUUCGGGCUGCCUCGCAAUCUCGAAUGAAAGCGCUUCUACUUGAUCUCCUUGCAACUGCGACAUCAACUAGAGCACCUGGAGAAAAAAAACAUGACAUGCUCGAACAGGAACACUUGAAGUUGCUGGAACAGCUUGUGAACGAACACACUGGAACUGCAGGAGUUGUACAUGAACCAUCUCGAGCAACGGGCUACGCAACAACCGGACUACCAUUGCCCUGUGUACCUGGGAUUGUGGCAACUGAAUUCUUGCAGCUUCUUUGGGUGUGGAAGAAACAAGGAGAUGCAUCUGAAGCUGGAGCCGUGAUUCAGCAGAGUGACAGGCACUUUGCUUUUCUAAGGAUCAGUCCCUGGAUAAACAUUCUAAACUUGGGCUACGGGCUCACCUUUGCAGCUGGUCAGGCUUUGUGUCACUUGGUGCCAUCACCACCUGAAAAGAUUGAUUUUGACAGGGCUGCAAGGCGGUAUCAUUUGGCCUGGCCAGGGUCCACAACGACAGAGGCCACGACCUUCAAGCAGUACCAUGUCCUUACAGGCUUUGACUACCGAGACUGUGCCUUGCGCUUCUUGGGUCGCCGUGGCCCGGCUGUGUGCAGUUCUCGACCGACGGGUGCUCGACCGACUGGUGUGGCCAAUGCCUGGCCACAUCGAGAGUUUGCCACAUUGGCGAUGCGGCAACCGUGGGCGUGUGGCGUUCUUUGUCACUUUGCCGUAGCAUUUGCUCAGCUGGCUGAAGCAUAUGUUCAGCAUACUGUUCAUAAACAUUCCAAGAGGAUAAAGCCAAAGCUGUCCCAGGACCAGGUGCGGCUCAUCAAAGCUGCACAAACUGAAAUCCUCUUGUCAGAAGCCAUCUUUGAGGCUGAAGAUAUGACGCAUCCGGAGCAAGUGCAGGUGACUUGUUCUUUGGUUAGGGCAUUCCCUAUAUUUUUCUUGCUCUCCAAAUUGUCUGGGGUCGAUACGCAGUUCUCACAGAUUGGCAGCUUGGAGGUGCAAAAAGACGACUCAGUUUCGAGAAUUCCAAAUCAGCCGCCACCACCUACUUUAGCUAAACUUUGCGAUCGCCUUGAUUCUGGUGUGCCGUCUCAAAUGUCUCAACGGUUGACAGUGGCAGGAAGUCAUUUGAUAUAUGGUUUGCUUCAUGCAGUUGGAAGCCUUUUGGAUUUUUUUGGCGUAAAGUGGUGGAUGUCUUCUGGAGCUUUGCUGGGCACGUUGCGAAAUGGUGGGCUGCUACCGCAGGACUGUGAUGUGGAUAUUGCACUUUGGCGGCCCGAUUCGCACCACCUCGUAUCUCCUUCUUUCAAAGCAGCGCUGGCUGCUGCCGGUAUUUUGGCAUAUCACAUGCCGAUUUAUUUUCAGUAUCGUUUUUGUAUGGUGCAGGUGCCAGCUGCAGCUGAUGUUCGAAGUGUGCAAGGCGGCCUUGCCUGCCAUUUGCCUUAUAUUGACGCGCACCUUGCAGACGUAGCUUUCAACGGGAAUGAAGCAUCGUGGCACUAUAUUCAUCGCACGGAUUUGCAAUAUGCGCAGAGCUUCCCUUUGAAGGGCAUCUUAAAGCGCGAGCGAAUGAGGUUUGGAGAGCUUGAAGUUUGGAUUCCAAAGAAAGAGUUUGCUGAAAGAUAUCUCAGCCAAGUCUACGGAGAUGAUUGGAGAACCGCUCUGCGUGACCGACGCGGACAUCUCAUUGCCAACUUGACGAUGGAUGACUUCCACGGCUUCAUCGCCCGGCCAACUGGUCCAUUACGAGAUAUCCUCCAAGAGCACUUUGGCCAUUUAGUAUGGCCUCCAACCUAUUACUAG